GGCUUUUUAAAAUGAAUCAAGUUCAUUAGAUAUAGGUUACCAUUAUUCGAAAACGGAAUCUAUGUCUAACUAUUAUAUCAAAAGUUACAAUUAGGUCUAUCUACCCAAUUUAAACUAUACACCCGCCAUUUUAAGACAGAAGAAAUUCAGAUUAUGGCGGCUAAACUUGGAAUAUUCUUGCUCAUAAUUGGAAACAUCGCUUCUAUCAAAGCACAACCGACAAUCACUUCCCUACUAUCGCCUUCUUGGAGUCACUGCGUCCACAAUCUACACGCGAUCAAAACUCGUUGGGAAGGAUUCACAAGCCCCAACUUUCCCAACGGAAUCACAACUCAAACGCAAUGCAGUUGGAUAAUUACAGCAAACCCGUAUUACAGAGUACGUAUCUCAUACCACACGAUGAAUCUUACUGGGUCUACCAACAACUGUUACACACAAUAUGUGGAGAUCAUUGACAUUACAGCAGGUUCAAGUCAGGGUAAGGAAUGUGGUGCAAGACGCCCCCGGGAUUACGUAUCACAAGGUACAAAGCUUCGGAUUGAUCUAAAAGCAGACACUGCCGCAACAAACCAUAAAGGUUUCUCGAUUAAAUACAUUGCUACGAGGGACAGACCUGGCUUUAAGACUCGGCCUAAGUUCAACUUACCUCGUCCUGCUCGUCGCGGUCGCCCAGGGGGUGCCGGUUCAGCUCCCAGUGCAGGUGGUGGUGCUGCUUCCGCUGGUGGAAGGGUCAACUUGAAUCAAUUGCAAAAUCGACGAAGGGGAAACCAGGGACGCCCUAACGCAAGACGACCAACAGCAGCGGCAGGAGCAGCUGGAGCGGGUGCUGCACGCGUUGUAUCAGCAGGCGCCCCAGCGGGGGCAUCGGGAUCAAGAGUUGCACCAGGCUCCCCAGCAGCUCCAGCAGCAGCAGCCGCUCCAACGAGGAGCUCACUGUUUCGCCCAGUUAUCCGACGGCGCCUUCCCGCGGCCGCUGCUCCAAUCCAAAACCAUCCUUCAGUUCAUCAAAAUAUUGUAAUUGCCCUACCGGAAGAAAAAGAAAAGAAACCCGAAUUAAACUUACCACUGAUUCUUGGUAUCGCUGGUGGGGGGCUCCUAUUUCUGAUUUUACUUGCUGUCUUGGUUAAAAUAUUUUUGUGUAAAAAAGACAAGAAAAAAGAAGCAGCAGUAAAAUCGGCGUCCCAAGCCAACGCAUUGGCCAUUAUGAAUAUAAACAACAACCCAAUACAACGGCGGCAGAACUUGCCGAAAGCAGCACCUGUCAUACCUACAGUGACUGAGACCGUGAAACAACCGUACAAGCAACCUUUGCAACCUAUGUAUGGUAAUCUACCGCUUACGGGAGGCAAGCUCAGCAGCCAGGAGCGUCGGGAAAUGAUGAUGUACAAUCCCGAACCAUUUCCCCCAACGAGACGUUCCUUAAGCGGUGUCGGAAGCGGGGAAGUCGCUCGUUUAGAAAAUCGCUUUCAGAGCUUACCGCAAUCGCAAACCCCAAUUUUUGAUGACGAAACGACGAUGGCCGAUGACGAAACAACAAUUGCUGAUGACACCACAAUUGCCGAUGACGUCACAAUUGCUGAUGACGCCACGAUCCCCGAUGACGGCUACGGAACAGGGAGACUGGAAUCUUCCGGAAGGUCGGGGAGACAAAAGAAAAAGAAACUACCGACUUUAAAAAGGAAAGUUACUCAGUGGGAAAAAGAGCAAAUGCGGAAAAGAAAAUAUUGAAGUCUUUUGUUUCCUUAAAUUUCAUCCUGUUUUACGUAAUACCGUACAAUUUAAUCCUGAUAAAGUAAAUUAAAGUUUUGCGGAUGGUUGUAUAAUAAUCAUCGUAAACAAGUUUUGUUCUCAAAUUGGAUUGGCUUAUUAAUGCACAAAGCUGCUGUUUGAAAUAUUCAGAACCAAUUAACGAGCCCAUGUAUGGUACAUAGGCGUCGCGAUACAGAAUAUUGUGGAUAAGGAAUAAAGCUAAAACCCCAA